AUGUCGGUACACUUUGACGAGAAGAGCGGGCUCGUGCCCUGUCAAACAAGCUGGGGGUCUUGGAGCCAAACGAUGGAGGAGGUAUUCAUCGAAGUCAAUGUGCCACCCGGGACAUCGGCGAAAGAAGUCAAAUGUCAUUUGGGAUCCAGGGAGGUUGAGCUGAACGUCAAAGGGACAGAAAUAAUCAAGGGCAAGUUGUUUGGCACAACAGUAUCUGAUGAGGCGACAUGGACACUUGAGGACAAAUGUCUCAUUCGUAUUGUGCUGAUGAAGACAAACAGAGAGGCAGGAAACUGUUGGUCUUCUCUGUUAGAAGGAGAAUAUCGCGCCAAUGCUUGGGUCCAGGACCAGAUGCAGAGAAAGCUCACACUAGAGAGGUUUCAACGCGAGAAUCCAGGAUUUGACUUCAGUGGUGCUGAGAUUUCUGGUAACUUUGCUGGCGGAGGUCCGGACUUUUCCAAUUUACAAAAGUGA